CUCAGUCCAUCUUUAUUCAGCAGGUGUGGGCAGAAUGCAAGGACCAUAUGGGUAGACUCCAAGGACUUUUUGAUGGAACAAUUACUGGCCAGCUUUAGGAUAUUAUGAUCAGAUAUCAUCUUGGGAGAAACUAGUAGAAGAGAGAUCAAGGCACCAUCACAUAGUCUUUUCCUCUGCUACUGCAGGUUGUAAUUUCCUUGAAGAGGUGGAUAGCACAGCAUUUAUCCUAAUGCUUUAUGUCAAGUAGGUUAAAUGGUACUUGUUAAAUUCAGGUUUUCUGGCAGAACAACUGUGGGCAAAGCAGCAGCAAGCCAUGCAUCACACAGGAGCGCCACGUGGGACACUUCAAAAAAACAGGGGUGCAGUGGCCUGGCCUUUCUCUAGGCUCUGCAGAAUCUGUGGCCCAACUUUGUUCCAAAUGGCCUUGAUUGCUGCUCUUUGGGUUGCUGUUUUCGGCAAAUGUGGUCCACCACCUGAUUUACCCUAUGCCUUGCCAGCAACUGAGAUGAAUCAGACAGACUUUGAGAGCCGAACUGUCCUGAGAUACAAUUGCCGCCCUGGCUACAGUAGAGCAACUUCAAGCCAGACUGUUUACUGUACACCGGAAGGGAAAUGGUACAUUACUAUCAUCUGUGUCAAAAAAUCAUGCAGGAAUCCAGGAGACUUACACAACGGACAGGUGGAAGUUAAAACAGACUUCUCUUUUGGAUCACAGAUAGAAUUCAGCUGCUCAGAAGGAUACAUCUUAGUUGGCUCGUCUACUAGUUACUGUGAGAUCCAAGGUAAAGGAGUUUCCUGGAGUGAUCCUCUUCCAGAAUGUAUCAUUGCCAGGUGUGGGCCUCCUCCAGACAUCAGCAAUGGGAAACACAGUGGUGGAUAUGAAGACUUCUACACAUACGGCUCCUCCGUCACCUACAGGUGUGAUCCCAGCUUCACACUCUCUGGCAAUGCCUCCAUUACCUGCACUGUAGUGAACAAGACUACAGGAGUUUGGAGCCCGAGCCCCCCUACCUGUGAAAAAAUCACCUGUGCUCAGCCAAAUAUUUCACAUGGAACAAUUAUUUCUGGACUUAGAACUACCUAUAAACAUAAAGAUGCUAUUAUGUUUGCCUGCAAGAAAGGGUCCAUCCUCAGAGGCAGCAAUUUAAUCCGUUGUGAAGCUGAUGGCAACUGGAAUCCUUCUCCCAUUUGUGAACUCAGUAGUUGCACUGACAUCCCAGACAUUCCACAUGCUUUCUGGCUACAUAGCCCCAAGCCAAAAAAAGACGGUACCUAUGCGGUUGGAACAGUGUUACGCUACCGCUGUCAAUCCGGCUACGAACAUGCUACAAAGGACUCCAUGACUGUGAUCUGUCGGAAGGAUUUCAGCUGGAGUCCAUUCAAAGGAUGUAAGGAGAUAUGUUGUCCAAUACCAGACCCAAAGGGUGUUAGAGUCAUUCAACAUACAAAAACGUAUCCUGAGAAUGGCUGCACUUAUUUCAGUGGUGACACAGUAUUAUACAAAUGCCAUGAUGAUAAAGCCUUUUCAGCUACUUGCAAAUCAGAUGGCACAUGGGAUCCCCGAACACCAUCAUGUGAUCAGAGUUGUGAUUUUCCUCCUAACAUUGCCCAUGGACAUUAUAAAAAAGCUGUUUUCUCCUACUUCUCACCUGAGGUUACAUAUGAAUGUGAUGAAGGAUACAGACUGGUUGGAAAGGCAAACAUCUACUGUGAGUCUUCACAAUGGAUACCCGAAACUCCACAGUGUAAAGCUCUAUGCCCGAAACCAGAGAUAAGAAAUGGAAUGCUGUCUUCCAAUAAAGAACAGUAUAUUGAAUCUGAAAAUGUCACCAUCCAGUGUUACUCUGGCUUUGCCAUGCUAGGUUCCCAAAACAUCACUUGUUCAGAGAAUGGAACCUGGUACCCAGAGGUGCCCAAAUGUGAGCAGGAGGCCCUUAAAUACUGUGAGCACGUGUUCACAGGCAAGAAAAUCAUGCAAUGUCUGCCAAAUUCAAAUGAGGUGAAGAUGGCCCUGGAGGUAUACAAGCUGUCCCUGGAUAUUGAACUGUUAAAGCUACAGAUAGAGAAGGCAAAACAGACUACCCUGGAGUUAUGACUACGUUUUCUCAAGGAAGAAGAACUCAUUGGCUUUCGGACUUCAGUGCCAAACAGAAUCCCGUAAAGAAUGGGAUUAAAUCACUUGCAUUUAGCAGCUUUUGUCACCUUGACAUCAAUGUUCAUGGUAAAAAAUAUCUGCUUAGAAUAAUUCAUUAAAGCAUAAUGUCUUAAGUUUAUGAAACAAUUAACCAUUUUGUGGCUCAUAAAAUUUCCAAAUAGAACAUAGUUUUUUUCAAUUAAAA